ACAUCACGCCGCAGGGCGGGGCCUGGGCGCUGCGCUCCGUUUCCGUGUUUCUGCAGCUCCUCCGGUCGACGAGAGCGAAGAGCCGCGAUGUCUCACCAAACCGGCAUCCAAGCCACGGCUGAAGUGAAAGACAUAUUUGCCAAAGCACGGAAUGGAGAGUAUCGUCUGAUCAAAGUCGUGAUUGAAAAUGAACAGCUUGUGCUGGGAGGAACCAAACCAGCAGCCAAGAAGUGGGACCAGGAAUGGGACAGUUACGUUCUCCCUCUGCUGCAGGAUGACUUGCCCUCCUACCUCCUCUACAGGCUAGACACCACCAAUAACCAGGGCUAUGAGUGGAUCUUCCUGGCAUGGUCACCAGACCACUCCCCUGUCCGGCAAAAGAUGCUGUAUGCUGCUACCAGGGCAACACUAAAGAAAGAAUUUGGUGGUGGGCACAUAAAAGAGGAGAUCUUUGGCACGGCUAAGGAUGAUGUUUCUCUCAAUGGAUAUAAAAGGUACUUGACCUCCCAGGCUGCUCCACUCCCACUGACGGCUGCUGAGGAGGAACUGAGGCAAAUCAAACUCAGUGAGGUGCAGACAGACAUCCACAUAGACACUAAGCAGCAGACUCUGCAGGGUGUAGCUUUUCCAAUGCAGAGAGAUGCUAUUCAGGCCCUGGAGCAGUUCAGAGAGAAGAGAGUAAACUAUGUUCAACUUGAAAUAGAUUUUCCGAAUGAGUCCAUCAAGUUGUCCAGCACAGCUCCCACAGAGUUGAAGGACCUGCCGAAAAGAAUCCCUAAAGAUGCUGCACGCUACCACUUCUUCCUCUACAAACACACCCAUGAAGGAGACUACUUGGAGUCCACAGUGUUUAUCUACUCGAUGCCUGGUUAUAAGUGCAGCAUUCGGGAGAGGAUGUUGUACUCCAGCUGCAAAAAUCCCCUCAUAGACACAGUGGAAAAAAACCUACGCAUUGAAGUUGCCAAAAAGCUGGAGAUUGAUAAUGGCGAUGAACUCACCAGUGAUUACAUGUAUGAAGAGGUGCACCCCAAGCAGCAUGCGCACAAGCAAGCCUUUGCCAAGCCCAAGGGGCCAACCGGGAAGAGAGGUGGGCGCAGAAUCACACGUCCACCGGGGGAUGGGGAUGAUGAUGAUUAAUGCCUAACUUGUCUCCAUUUUUUAGCCUAUCAGUGGUACAACACACCUCCAGUGAUGAGCCCUUGUUAUAACUUACCUCCCAGUUUACCUGCAGCCCACAUCCCCAUAGCUUUAUCUAUGCACAAAAAAGAACACUAAUCUAGGACCAUCUGAAGAGCAUUUGGAUGCAUCUGUGAUUAAUAUGGUGACACUCCUUAACACUACAUUACACAUUUUAGCUGGAAUACGGACAAGCUUUUCAGAUGCAUACUACAACCCAGCUUUGGAAUGAAAGCCAGGACUAUUCUGUAGCCCUAUGCAAUUGUUUGACCCUCAGGAAGGCUGAAAGGUCAGCUGUUUUUUCCCUUCGUUUGUCUGGGUCUUAUUGAUUAACUUUCUCUGCAUUUUAGCAGGAUGUCAGCAGUUGAUUGCUUUUUACCUAAACAGAGACCUUAUGACUCAGAGAGUGAGUUAAUCAAUAGCACACCGGACAUUUGACAUGUCUGAGCUUUGUAGCCCUUUUGUUUGGAGUCAGAUCAUUUUAAUGAAGGAGUUGCUCAGUGCAACCAACCCAUGAAGAAAUUCUACCAUUUUUAUAAUGCAUUGAAUGUAGGUAUUAACUCUUUUGUGAUUUGUAAUGUGUAGAGGACUUUAAUAAUAGAGAGGAUGCCUUUUCUAAAGGACCCAUUUUGUCUGAGAAAUCUGAAUGAUUGAUUGAUGCUCUCUGCAUUGAAAAAUGUUUUUCACAUUCUUCAAGUGAAAUAUAAGCUUGUAGAAACACUAUUUUUCUAAACCUGAACAGCUGGUAUGUCCACAUCAAGUUUGUUCUGUCACAGUGGCUAUCCUGUUUGUCUCGGAGAAUGUUUGCUUCCAGGAAAUUGCAUGGCAUUCACUUCCUUUUAACAUGCAUUAAGUUUACACAGCAUCUCUACGGAGAAAACAACACUAAAGGAACAGUACAAUAGUUGAUCCUCAAAGAACAUUUUUGCCCAGUUUCUGGGCAAACUCUACAGGGGAAGUGUGUGCUUUCAUGUACAAAACACAGCUUACCAUCUGUAGGCCCCCAAACUAGGACUACAACCAUGUAACCAUUGUCCUUAUAUGUCCUUACAUAAUUGUCAUAUUUUACCCAACCUUUUUGCCAAAAAACAUUUACAAAAUCAGGCAAAUAACCAUUUAAGAAUCCAGUAAAAAAUAUAAAAAAAAACACAGAGGAACAACAUCGGACUACUCCUUUAAAACCUCUCAGAAGGGAAAAGGACUUCAGUGAAGAGAUCCGUCUACUGAACAGGCAAACCACUAUAAGCAUUUCUCUUGAGUGUUAUGAAGUCUUGAAUGUCAGCGUCAUUGUUCAGUGUAAUGUCUCAAAUGUUUUUUUAACAAAUCAAAAUGUAUGAGAUAGGGAAAUUAAAAUAUUUAAAUCACA